AUGUUUCGCCCAACCACAGUCCUGUUUAUACCUGGGGCGUGGCAUAGCCCGGACUGUUUCGAUGCAGUGAUUAAGCAACUGGAAGCGGUCAACUACCGCACACGAAAGGUCUAUCUCCCUUCAGUCAAUCCACCAAACUAUGAAAUCAAUUAUUUUGAGGCCGACGUCAUGCAAAUCCGAGCCCAGAUCGAAGCAGAAAUUGCCAAUGGGAGCCACGUGUUGGUGGUCGUCCAUUCCUACGGUAGCCUGCCAGCAAAUGAAGCAAUCAGAGGCCUCGACCUUGAGACGCGUCGAAAGGAAGGCCUGGAUGGUGGCGUUUCGCAUCUUUUCUUUUGCUGCUCUUUCGUUAUAGCAGAGGGGCAUUCUCUGAUCAGUGCCUUUGGUGGGAAGGAUCUCCCGUGGUUUAUGGUGUCGGACGAUAGGCUGGAAGUCCAUCCUGCAGGACCAGAGAAAAUAUUUUACAAUGAUUGUAAUGAAUCUCAAGUCACGGAAGCUGUGGCAGCUCUGAGGCCUCACAGCUACCAAACUUUUCAUAGGCCUUGCACUUACGCAGCUUGGAAGACUGUCCCCAGCACCUAUUUAUACUGCACCCAAGACGAGGCUAUUCCAAUAGGCGUCCAGAGACUGCUAGUUGAGGGAACUGCACAGGGCUACGCAAUUAGAACGGAAUCUCUUGAAGCUUCUCAUAGCCCGUUCUAUAGUCAGCCAGAUGGUAUGACUGCGGCGAUUCAGCGUGCUGCUGGGGACAAUGUUUGA